CUCAGUAUAACUAUUAUUGCGUGACAAUCUCACCUGGUUGUUCUUUAUAUCCCAUUUGGCAGCUCCUUACCUCAGUUCUACCGCGCACGCGCCUGACGGGUUACUGAGCUGAGGAUUUCGACGCAACGAAUUUAGGACACAUCGGGCUGCGGCACAAGAAAAAUAACGUUGCGGAUUACAAACCAUGAACCGUUUCCAUCAUCACAAUACGUCCUGUGAGAACAUCCCCCAAAAUCACACGGAAAUUGCUUUAUAACCAUGGAGAUGUCGGUAAAUGAGCAGGUCGACGCGCCAAUGGUGUCGAAUAUCACAAAGGUGUCUGACAUUCCCGCAACCCCAAUUUCCAAUGGCCUGGGCUUGGGUCGUUUGAUCGUUGACCUUCAGCCUCUUGCUGACCAGUCAGAGGCUAUUUCAACUGGAUCCAGUCCUAUUUCUGUUAAUUCAGUGCCCGACAUUUCUGUUGAAGCAGUGCCUCUCGUUGAAUCUGUGCCUAUUGAUGCAGAGCAACUUCCAAGUCAGCCUAUUACAACUCAAUCUGAGGCUAUUCCGGCUCGGUUAGAACCUGUUUCAGCUCAAGCGAUCCCAGUUAUCGCCCAACAGGGAGCUUUUCACUCUAAACCUGUUCCUCAUGCCGAAACUCCAGCCCAGCCUCUGGCUUCUAUUGAAGACGAUUUCUUCUCGCUCGCAUACAACUUCACACUCUCACUGCCACCUGAAGUGCCAAAGAAGAAAAAGAAGAAGAAGAAGGCAAAGAUAGAGCCUGUAGUGGUACUGGACGAAAUGGACGAGCCGUCGGUAUCGCUUGAUAAAGACCAGGUGGUUGCCCCUAUACCUUCACGGGCGGAAAAAGCAACGCUCAAGCGGUCGAUCACACCACCACCGGCACAGUUCACUUACACAAAGAAGGCCAGGGCACCGGUGCGGCCCGAGCUAGAGCUCUUUGACGUGGAUCUACCACCGGUAGUGCUUCCUGUGACUGUUCCAACGUCUUAUAUCGACCGAGAGACGGAGAAAAGGCGUGAGUACGUGGUAGACAUCAAGUCAAAGCUUCCGGGCUCGCAGGAUUUGAGCAUCAAGAUGUGUGUCAAGGGCAUGACCAAGUUUUCCAAGGUAAUCUUCACGGCCUUGUCUAGUUUCUGUAGGCUUGCCCCCUCUGAGUUACACGGAAUAUACGCUCUGAACUUAGUGGAGUUGAUCUGGAUUGAGCAGAAAAUGGCUGUGAAGGCACACAUGAAGCCAGCGACGCUAUCGAUUCCCGUCGAAACGGAAAAACCUCACCUCACCUUCUUGCUCAUUGAAUCUUGGGCAUUACCAACGUUCCGCGAGUUUCCCGAGAUUGCAAACAAGUUGAAAUUCACAAAGUUGUUCGCCUCUAUGAACGAAUCGUUGGUGGAAGUGGAGCAAGACUUGUCUGACGAAGACUUACCCGAGUUUGGCGAUGAGCCGACCGGUGUCUUGGGAGAAAGUGCAGACGAGGGCUAUUUCCCCAUCGUAAUGAAGAGCCAGGAUAAUACCACGCUCAAAGUGAAGGUUAGUGCCGAUACCCUUAUCAGUAAGUUGGUACGGCAUUAUAUUACGAUUAAGAAGUUGCCUGCAGGCACCGCCGUCCUGCUAGUAUUUGAUGACGAGGAAUUGGAAAUGGGCAUAUGCGUGGGUGAUACCGAGUUGGAAGAAGACUUCACCGUGGAUGUUAUCUGUAAGUAGACUGAAUGAAUUAUGAUUAAAUGAGCUACGGUGUGCUUACAUGACAUAAAAGAGUUAUAAUACUAGUGACAAUUGAGAGUAGGUCCGCAUGUGCAUAAAGCGGGUGGAAGACCUUGGAUGAAGACGUAGAGACGAAACCCUGUAACCCAAGGACGAAUUAGAAAGGGGAAUACUUGUCCCUGAAACUAGAGAGUAUGAUAUAAUUCGCGUUUCUUGAGUUUAGUUUGAAGAAAGUAACGGC